AUGUCUGGCGUCAAGGCUGUAGGAGGAAGUGAGGCAAGUGGCACUACUGGUGAUGAGAUUCCACCGCAGCACAACAAUGGAGCAAGUGUUUCUCGCCAUACCAGCGGCAGGGCGGCCCGGGAGAGUGACCACCAAGAAAUCAUCGCCGGGCUGGGGUUGCCGUUUCUUGCCAGAGUCAGCAAGGGUCGUCUGAAUGUUUCUGAAGCUUCAGUUCCUGCACCCCAGCGUUCUGAGGUUUCAGUACAAGGACAGGUUUUUAGUCAUUCCCACCAACAUCCGAGUGAGUGGGAUUCUGAGGCUGUCGAGAUUCCCGGCAACGACGAGCAGAUCGUCGACCUAUCUCGAGAUCGGCAGGUGCCUGGGGCUUUUGAGACUCCCGGGAACGACGAGCAGCUUGUCGACAUAUCUCGAGAUCGGCAGGCGACUGAGGCUGUCGAGAUUCCCGGCAACAACGAGCAGAUUGUCGACAUAUCUCGAGAUCGGCAGGCGCCUGAGGCUGUCGAGAUUCCCGGCAACGACGAGCAGAUUGUCGACAUGUCUCAAGAUCGACAGGAGCCUGAGGCUGUCGAGACUCCUGGGAACGACGAGCAGAUUGUCGACCUAUCUCAAGAUCGCAAGGCGCCUGACUCGGAGAUAGCAAGUGAAAUGCACAGGGUACCAGUGCACAGUGGGCCAGUUCAUACUAAAACCGAUACAGCUCAAGAACCGGAAGCUGAUCAUGGAUAUGCCCAACAAUCCUCGUCAGGCGCUACGGGAGAUUCGAAAGAGGAUUCUGGGCAGCCUCCAACCACUGCUGAACGGGUCAAAACUGUCUCUUUGAAGUCUGUGCCUGACAAGGGGGCUUUUGUGCCUGGCGAGGGGGCUUUUGCGCAUGACGAGGGAGCCUUUGUGCCCGAUGAGGACCAGGGAGCUUUCGUACCUGGCAUUCAGGUGCAUAGGCCAAGCGCGACCGUGACAGCGACUGCAAGGGAGCCAUCGUCCGUUGACAGCAUGACUGCUCCAAGCAGUUUAGUGCCCACAGCGCCGCCACCAACGCCUGUGGGUGUACCAGCAACACCUCAAGAUGCUGUGCAGGACCCUUUAUUGGCUGCUUCGGCACCAAAAAAGGUCGCUACCGACCCAUCAACUCCCACCAAAAUCGUUUCUGUCGAUGCAAUAAAUGACCCCAACGCCGUUCCUGUGGAUCGGGUGUCUCACGAAAGUUCCCGUCCUCAUCCUGGUCCAACCAACCCGCACUCGACGAGCAGGAUUGGCAGAUAUAAAAGACUACUCCGUCGGGCGCGACGGCUUUUAGUCACCAAGCAGGUGCUCAAUUUUGUUAUAGGCCGGGAUCUUGCAAAUUCCGUCCAUCCUCAACUCCAGCAAUCCGGGACAGAUAGUGUGAGAAGUCCAUUGCCAAUGGAUGGACCGAGCGAUUUUCUCUCUGCGUACUCGAGACGACGGGAGCGGAAAGGAGAUGCACGACGGAAACGAGUAGAGGGAAGGAUUGCGGCCGCCAGAGCCCAUGCGGAAGCAGAAGAGCUCGAAAAAUGUCCGAACUGUCGCGGUCUGACCAACACUAGAUACUAUCGAGCAUAUCACAGGCUUCAACUCAAACGGGAGAGACCGGACAUGAGGAUGGUUGACAGGCACGUAGCUGCCAGGGCAAGGGUGGCCGGUUCAAAGUGCCGAUGCCGCAAUGGACGGCGGAGAAGCGACAGAUGUGCCGCUCGAGGAGGAGAUGUUGCCGCUCCUCGUGAAGCACUUCCUAGAGAAGCUCUUGCAGAGGAUGAAACCUCUGGCCCUGGGCCGGUUGGAGGUCUGAGCCAAUGA